AUGGGACGCUCACCUUCACGCUCCAGCGACGGCGGUGACUCGACGCAAAAUGCCAGAGUUGAGCCGCGCCUGCUCAAAGCAAUUGAGGAAAAGAAGCAUGAUGAUGCAAUCGCAAUCAUCGAGCAAGCCAAAGCGAAGGCGCAACCCCUCGACCACCUUCUGCGCAUAGGAUUAAUGCGCGCAGCCGAGCGCGGCAACAUAGACAUAGCCGAGUACUUGCUCAAGAAUGGCGCGAAGCCAGAUGGUGCUCCUGGUGGCAGAGUCUCGCCCCUGUUCAAGGCAAUUGAGAAGAACCACGUCGGCAUUGUGCAAUUGCUGCUCAAGUUUGGGGGCAAUGUGGAUGCGCAAGAUAAACAGGGACGGACAGCCCUCAUGACGGCGGCCUGGAAGAACCAUUUCCACAUUAUGAUUGAAUUGUUGCGUUGCGGCGCAGACGUCAACAAGAAGGACAACACAGGCAGAAACGUCCUGCACAAUCUUGCAGCGGACAAGCAUUGCAAUUGGGGUCGCGAUGUCAUCGCGGAGCUGCUACGACGGGACAUAGUCAUCGACGGGCCUGACGGACAAGACGAAGGCAAGAGGAGUCCGUUGCAUUGGGCAGCUAGCACGGGCAAGAAAGAGUUGUGUGAGAUGUUGCUGAAGAGGCAGAGGGCCCCGCGAGCGAAUGUGAAUGCAGUGGAAAUUAGGCAGAAGACAGCGCUGCAUCUGGCCGUGGCACAUGGACGGGACGAUAUUGUCGACAUGCUGCUUGUCUAUGGCGCAAACGUGAGCGCGCAAAGCGACGGCAGCUGGCAGCCCCUGCAUAAUGCCUGCGAGAAUGGCACUGUGAAAAUCGUUCGUACUUUGCUUGCAGCUGGUGCUGACAUUAACGCAAAGCUAUUGACCGGCAUGACCCCGUUACACAUCGCUGCACAAAAAGGCCACCUGGAUGUUGUCAAUUGUCUACUUGAGAGGAAGGACAUCAAGCGUACAGCAAGGGACAAGUUCGGAAUUUCUCCUUUUCUGCACGCGGCGCAGAGCAAGGAGCCAGCCAGGAGAGACAUCCUCAAUAGGCUUGCGCCGUCGAACCAAGUAGAUGCUCUGAGUGAGGAUGCCUUAGGAGCCACUAAUGGAUUCCAUGCUACCAUGGUCGAUUUCGGCAACUACCACAACAACAACAAAGUGUCGAAGAAGACGAUUUACGAACUGCUCUAUGGCCGUGACCCAGUCAACGACCGAAAACCUGCAGUCAACAUAUUACCGAAAGACUCAAAGGCGACAAGCUUCAGAUGGAUCCACCUGCCAGCAAACAACAUGGCAUGGGUCGAGGCUCUACUUACAAAGGCGUUUAUAGAAGAAGGCGCGAGUGACGUUGAGGGCUUCAAGGCACUUGAACGAUCCUUCAGCCAUCAGCACCGCGGACAACAGAUUCACUCGCACUUUAUGCGGCCACUUUGCCAGAUGACGCCUCGCGCUCCAAAACAACAAGAUGAAUCAGAUCAUUCGGAUGGUGGCGAACAACGGCCGCCACAGAUCAUCGUCAAUAGCGGACUUGGUCUGAGUGUAGAGACGGUGGCUGGUGCUGUAGAGACUGCACCAUCAGCUCCUUUUCCACGAACCCCUACGAGGACGGGGACUGUGAGCACAGAUCAGACGGACUGGACAGCCGGCAGCUCUGGGGCUCCAUUUGGCAAGGAGACCAAAGGGAAGACAAAGGACAAGACUAAGAAGCAAUCCAAAUGGGGCGGCUCGAAGCCAGCAGCCAAGAAAGGGAACGGGACUGACACGCCCACACGACCAAAUGAGUCGAGGCGGCCUACGCUAAGCUCCUCGCUUUCUCAUAGCGGACACCUUCGAUCACCAGGCUCGCCUGGCCGUAAAGAUCCAACCACAACGGCAAAGGGGAAUGUAUUCCUCUACCUUCCUUACUUGCACUUUGAAACUGAUCGCCGACGGCAAGAGAUGCAGGCGGCCAUCUCAAGAGCGGAAAUGAUCAAGAACAGCAAUAAACAUGAAGGCCGCAUCAUGAAGCCCGUUGUACAAAAGGCGUCUACCUACGAUGAGAUGCUGCUGCGAGCCCAUCUGACAAGUUCGCAAAUGUCGCUGCACGUCCGUAGAACACUGGACCAGUUCUUCUACCAUAACAUCGACACGCAAUCUCGCGAUUGUGAUCAGGUCGUAUACCGUUAUCAGACGAAAGGCGGUCAUGAACAAGACGUGGAUCCAAAGAUUUUCAUGGUUGACCAACUUUGGAUGUGGACGCUGGGCAAGGAUCUGAUUGUGACUGCGUUCCCUCAGCGCUGGCAACAGCCUCGCAAUGACCCUUUGAACGUCCUGGAUGGCAUUAUCGAAGACAUCAACAGCAAAACGAGAGAUCCAGUGCGGAAUGUGUAUGACCUUGCGAUGAUCAUCACGUCACGUUGCAGUGGAGUGUUCGACAGACACCGUAUCGGUGACGAGGAUUACCAGUUUCUCGACAUGUUUGAGUCGAGUAUAGGAGAUGCCACAGAGAUGGAGACAAUGCUGUUCAAAGAAUUCAACACUGCGUCUGCACAGGCCUCAGCGUGGUUACAGCAUCAUCGUCGCCCAAAUCGAUUCUCGCGCCAUCUCGAAGCAGAAGAGCGACAACGCGAGCAGCAGAACCGUAGGCAUAUGCCACACCACACGCAUAGGCAUGCAUUGCUCGACCCACCAAUUCAAGAAGAUCAAUUUCACUACAACGACAGCUCUUCACAUGCGCACGCCCCUCUGUUUGUCGACAAGCUACUUGAUAUUGGCGCCGAAACUGAUCUGCUGGCCGAAAUCAAAGACAUUCGUGACGAGCUGAACAUGAUUGCCAAAGUCCUCGAAGAUCAGCGCAACGUCCUGCCUGACUUGGAAACAUCUAUCCAGGACAUCUACAAAGAGAGAAAGGAGAGCCAACAAGAGCUCAGGAAACGAUUCAAAGACAUGCUCAAAACUAUCGACACGCACAUCAGAGAUCUAGAGCGGAUGGACAUACAAGCCGAGCGCAUCUACAAGAGCAUAACAGACUUGCUAGACCUGAAACAGAAACACGCCAACGCCUUUGAAGCACGAUUCGCUCGCGACCAGGCCGCCGGUACCGCUCGACAGAGUCAAACAAUCAUGGUGUUCACCAUCGUCACCAUCAUCUUCUUGCCCCUGUCGUUCAUCGCAGCCCUCUUCACCAUCAACAUCGAGCAGUUCCCUCAUAAGCCCGGCGGUGACGAGCCCUCUCUCCCUCUCUCCUUCGUAUGCAAGUACAUGUUCGGCAUCGGCUUCGCAAUCUCCAUCCCCUUCAUCGCCAUCGCACUCUCCUUCGACGCAAUCGGCGACUUCUUCCGCGAAGUCCGCCGGCGUUUCCGCGACCGCAAGAAUCCCUCCCGACAUCCAUACGACAGCCACAAAGCCACCAUUGGCGACGACAAAAUGGACAUUGAGUACGCUGUCGACAUGCGUGCGCUAGAACAAGCGCUAUCCGCGGGUCGCAGCACAAUUCGACCAGAUGGCCGCCGCAGUAUCGAGAGCUAUCUCCAUCGCGGUUACGCUGGAGGGUCGACGUUGUCGCCGGUCCAGAGUCGGAGCACGAUGCGCAGUGGCGCGAAGGGAGGAGCGCUGUCCACCAAGGGGAAUGGCAUGACGACGAUCAAUGGGAGGCUUAGUGCGGAGGUGCAUUCGCCGGUUGAGAGGAUUAGUACGGGAUUCAGAAUGAGAGGAAGUGGGGAUGUCGAGAGAGGAGCUUGA